CCUUUCACACUCACAGAACUGCUCUCCACUUGGCCUGUGCCAUUGGCCGUGAAGAUAUGGUGAAGCUCCUGGUAGAUCGGCACUGCCAGCUUAACCUCUGUGAUGGCGAAGACAGGACAGCUCUCGUGAAGGCUAUACAAUGCCAAGAAGAGGCAUGUGUAACUCUUCUCCUGGAACACGGUGCUGAUCCUAAAGUGAAAGACAACAAGGGCAACACAGCUCUCCAUUAUGCAGCCCACGAAGGGAUUGUCUCAAUAGCAGAGAAGCUGCUUUUACAAAACGCAAAUAUAGAGGCCAAAAACACGGAUGGCCUCACACCAGUUUUAGUUGCUCUAAAUGAAAACAAAGAGCAAAUGGUGAAAUUUUUAGUAGGAAAAGGAGCACAUCUACUUUCAGGGGAUACGGUUAAAAGCAGUGACCAACUAAUUUCUGAACAUGAAGAAGAAAUGAAACCUGAAAAUUCUUCACAGAAUCAUGAUCUAGUGGCUAAGAAGUCUGAAGAAGUCUCUUUAAGCAGUCGUACCCGCAAAGCUGAUACUGAUGAUUCAAGGCCUUCAAAACAUGAGGACUUAAGUUCUGGUACCAAGACUGUCCCGAAACUAAACUUAAGAAAGCAAAUGGCUGCUUUUCUGCGACCCAAGAAAGCAAAAUGUGGUCUUGUGAGCCAAGAAGAUAGACCUUUAUUUGCUGACAACAAUUUUGCAAGGGAAGAUAAGACUGAAACUCUCUGUAAACCAUCCGUCAAUGUCUCUGACUAUUCUCCUCUUGCUUUUGUAUCACCCGAAACUCCUCAAACGUCUUCAGCAAUGCUUGGUGUUACAAAGAGUAUUUCUGCAAGACUUCCAAAGAAAUCUGUUGAUUGUUUACCUGGAGCUGCAGAUCAACAAGGGCAAAGUAUAUUCAGUGAACAAGUAGAAGAUUCUCCUGGAAAAGAUCUUCUUCACUGGGAGUCUACCACUAAAGUGAAAGAUUCUGUUCCUAAUGAAGCAGUCGCAACGAGUGAUAAACAAACACCCAGAUCAGAUUUGUCAUCAGAACCAGACUUAGAAGUGGCAUCACAGCAAAAGCAAGAGCAAGAAAGGCCUGAUAAAAGUGAAAAUAACCACCCCCAGGAUAAAGUUAUUUUACAAACAUGUAUCCUGGCUGAAAAGACAUCUGAAAGCCAAACCAAGCAAAUUAACAUUCCACUUGUGCAACUGCAAAAUAUGGCUCGAGAACCAGAAAUGAAUAUGGAAUGUGAUAGACAGGGUGAUAGAUCUGUACAUUCAGAACAUCCUCGUGUGCACAAGAAGUAUGAGGAGAUACAGAUGAAACAAGGCAAAUUAGAUUGGAAAAAUAAUGUGAAACGCAUGAGCAGAGAGUUAAAGCAGAAGAUUGGUAAAAGUUGUGAAAAGUACCAAAUUAUUACUCAUCCUAAGUUAGAACCACUACGUGGUAAUUCUAAAGAAGCAGACAUAAAGGAAAUACCUCCUAAUGUGACAAAAGUUACACUUGAUUGUGAGGAAAAAGAUGAAUUGGGAGUGUCUGUCUCUGUAGUACCUCAGGCCUUUCCUGAACAAAAAGAGCCUAGUCUCGAAAAUGCUAUUCUCUCUCAUUCAUACUUUGGGUCCCCAGACUAUGCUUGCCAGUCAUCUUCUAAGCUCUCUUCCCAUGAAAAUGAUAACAAACCAGGUGAGCAUGUUUUUAACAAAAAUGAGAGUCUUGAUAGCGAUCCAGAAAAUAAAAAAGUAAGGAACCCACUAGUUACAUUUGAAGUGAAAGAAGACCAAGAGUUUGACAUGCAGAUGGCCAAAAGUUUGAACCAAAAUACCACCAAUAGUAAAUUAGACACUGGAUAUAUCCCUCCGUAUAGUGACCCAGAAAGCCUUUUUGAUUUGCGGCUUGCCCACUCCAAUGUGGCGAAACAAAUGAUUCAGAAGAAAAGGCAUGAUACUUCUGCUAUUACAAACACUUACAAGAAAACAAAACCAAUACAAGACUCUUUCCAGAAGCCAUUAGAUGCAGAUAAUGACAGUACUAAUAACUAUAAAAGUACGGAACCUGCAUUAGAAAAUGUGAGUUCUUCACCACGUCCUUUCAGAACAUCAAAAGUAUAUCAAAAAGAAUUACAGCAAGAUAUGCAAAAUCUGCAAAGGUUUAAGAAUGAGAAAGGCAUGUUACAAGUAGAACUCCUGGCUUUGGAAAAAGAGAAAGUUGAACUUCAAAAAGAGACUGGAAAAGAAAGGAAGCAGCACACGAGUAAUAAAAUGGAAGGAGCAGAAAACAUAUAUGAUGCUGCUGCUGCUGCUGCUGCUCCUGCUCUUGGUACUGCUCUUGCUGUUGCUGCUGCUGCUGCUGCUGCUGCUCCUGCUGCUGGACUAAUUCAACAAAGAAAGACUGGAAAAACUGAUAACCACCUGUUUCCUACUACGCAGAAUGAAGAUUCUGAUAGUAAUGAUCCUGGUUUGUCUAUCAUGGAAAUAAAGAAAGAUAAAAAUGUAAAGUGGGCAUCAAAAGCAUCUGUGAUUACACCAGGCUUUGAGGAGGCCGAUUCCCUAACUGGUAGUCUACUACGAGUGAGUAAUGACAACAGUCUAAGUAAAAUGGAUCAGGAUGAAAGAAGACCUGCAAAGAAAACAUCUAAGGAAAAGAACAAGGUCAAAAAGCAAGUGAAUUCUGCGGAGCAUCUUGAUGACGAGCAUCUUGAUGACUUAACUCAGUCAUCUGAAGCAGCUUCAGAGGAUUGCAAGUUGCAAUACUCUGAUUAUAAGAGUUCCCUGUUGCUCAUUGAACUUGGCAUGGAUUGUAAAGAUUCUGUUAGCGUAUUGACCAUCCAGAAUGCAAUUUUUAAAUACAAAAGAUCAAUAGAAUUAAAAAGAAAAGACUGUGAACAACUUACAAGAAAAAUUUUACAAGUGGAAUAUAAGGUCAAUGGACUAGAAAAGUUGCUAUCAGAAACAAAAGAAAUGAAAUCUCAGUUAGAGCAUCAAAAAGUGGAAUGGGAACGAGAACUCUACAGUUUAAGAUUGACCUUAAAACAAGAAAAAGAAAAAAGAAGAAGUGCUGAAAUUUUAUAUAUAAAUAUUAAGGAGCAAUUAAGCAGUAAAGAAGAGCUGAGUGAAGUUUCUCCUCCUCAUGAAAAAGAAAAAGGUCUGUUACAUGAAAACCGCAUGUUGCAAGAUGAACUUGCCAUGCUAAGACUGGAAAUAGACACAAUAAGGAAUCAGAAGCAGGAAAAGAGGUAUUGUGAAGACACUGAAACUGAAAAAGAAAAGAAUGACAGUCUUCAAAACGCCAUAAAACUGAAUGAGGAUGAAAAGCUAAACAGAGAAAGACUGGAAGCAAAACUUCAAUCAUACCGAGCUAGACUCGCUACAGCUGUACAGGAUCGUGAUCAAAGUCAGGCAUCAAAAAGAGACCUAGAACUUGCUUUCCAGAGAGCAAAAGAUGAGUGGUGUCAUUUACAGGACAAAAUGAACUUUGAGAUGUCUAACCUAAAAGAUAACAAUGAGGUGCUUUCUCAGCAACUUUCUGAAGUCGAAAGUAAAUUUAAUGCCCUAGAAAUUGAGCUCCAGUAUACAAGAGAUGCUCUCAGAGAAAAGACGUUGGCUUUAGAACAUUUACAAAGAAACCCAAAACAAACACAUGGUCAGAAGAAGGAAAUUGAGCAGAAUCUCAAAACGAACAAGCGACAAGAAGCAGAGGAGUUACAAACAAAGAUUCUAAGGUGCAUUCAGAAGUUCAGAGAUGACAUAAAAAAGCUUGAAGUUGAAAAUGCCGAGUUAAAAGUUACAGUCAAGGAGCAAGCAGGCCAAAUUGAACAGCUUCAGAAAGACCUGUUAAGUUCAAGUUCGUGUGGUGAUGAAAAGGAAAACCUUUUGCAGUUCAGGUUGGAUCAAGAAGUGAAGAAAAAUGAGGAAUUAGAAAAAGAGAAUACUGGGCUUAAGAACCACUUAAACAUGUUAAGAAGGAUGUUAAGUAAAUAUGAAAAUGGAGAGCUUCCUUUCUAUGGAGAUUUAAAAACCAGUCAAACGGAAAUGGAAAUUCAGAUUAAUAUGCUAAGACAGAAGAUUGGUGAUCUUAGAGCAAGAUUGGAAACUGAAUCUUCAAGAUGUAUAGACCUGGAUGCAAAAAAUCAAGUUCUUCAACAGGAGUUAUUAUCUAUGAAAGCAACAGAGAGGGAAUGUGAAAAACUAAAACAGAUUAAAAAGAACUUGGAAGAAAAAGUAGUAAACCUCAGAAGUCAUGCAGAAGUCAAUGUGGUACAAGGCAUUCAAGUAGAAAAGUAUUAUAAAUGGGAGAUUGACCAGAGAGUAAGAUUGAUUGUAGAAGAAAGAUUAAAAGAAGUCAAUCUAUUUUUACAGAGACAAGCAGCAUCUCAAGAAAACUUAGAGCAGUUAAGAGCAAGUCAUGAUGCUUCAAUAAGAAGUCAAGUGGCACUCAGAAUUAAAGAGCUGGAAUCUGAACUUCAAUCCCAAAUAAGAAAUUCUCAGGAACUUAAAAUAGAAUUGGAAAAGUACAGGCAACUCUACCUAGAAGAAUCAGAAAUGCGAAUGUCAUUGACAAAAAAACUGAACAAGACUAAUGAGAGGCUGGCAGAUAUCACUACCAAAUAUCUGGUGGAGAGACAGCAGAACAGACCUUUCCACAGCACUCUUACUAUAGGACCAGUCUUGGAAGGGCCUUAUGUUGGAAAUUUGACUAGUAGUUUACUGCUGGAUAGAAAUGUUACUCCAAGAGAAAAUGUAAUGAUUCCUACCUCAAGGCCGCAGACUUCAGUUAGCAGCAUUCAAACUCACUUGAUCAAGAUGCUGCAGGAAUGGAAAGACAAUAUAAUCAGAGAUCUAAAAGAAGUUGCUCGUGAUUGCGAAUCAGGAUUCUGUAGAUCUUCUCCUUUAGGACCUACUGACGAAUCAAAUGUAAAUCAAGAUCCAGUACUGCAAGCAUCACGAGAAUAUGUAGAGAUUUUGAAUAGAAAGUAUAUGAUCUGAAAGAUAUAUAGUAAAAGUUUAUUACCUAGAUGUUUAAUAUAACAUUUUAAUUGUUUCCCAGUAAAUAUCUGAUGUACAAAAAAUCUUUAUUAAAGGAAAUUUUGUUAUAUCGUGUGUAA